AUGUUCAAAACAUUUAAAUUGUGUGAUAUCGGUGAUAUCGCCUUCGAGUUCAUCAAAGAGUUUUAUGCAGUCAUGAGCUGUGUUGUGCCCGGUUGUGUCGUAAAUACCUCACCCGUCUACCAGCUGGUCCAGUUCCCGGACGAUGUAGUUCUGGCCAAUCGAUGGACCGAGAUAAUAGCUUUUGCUACCGGUCGAUUGUUAGGCAUUAUGUGUGGUAAUAACGCGAGUGAACCGCCGCUAAUCUGCAGCUGGCACUUUGGGGACGAACAUUCAGAAGGCUACCAGGAACCGUGCCGGUUCUAUAAUGAAAAUAUGGAAAUUACCGAGGUAGUCAGCUGUAGGCUUUGUCUCCAGUUGCAGAAACGUUCGGAAACUGUGGACAAGGAUUGCGAACAAUUUGACCAGCUCUUAGCAAAAAUUUGUAAAUUGGCGCUUGAAAAUGAUGAACAGGAUUUUCUGUCAGCGAUAUGCUUUCCAUGUCUAACCAAGCUAGACAUCAUCACUAAAUGGAUCGAUGAAGUUCAACAAACCGAGGCGCAAUUUCUUGCAUUGAAACAAAAAAUGUUCACGGCUAACUUGCUCAUCUUCAACGAUGAAGAGGUAAAGAUUGACAUAAUUGAACUUAAGCUUGAGACAAUUGAAGAUUUAAACGACUCAGAAUCCAAAGGAAUAUUUUCUAGUAACAAAGAGAUGGAAACUGAAAAUUCGGACCACCGCAAGCACUCCUAUGAGCCAUUGAAGCGCAGAAGUGGAAGACCUCGUAAUUCCAGAAAAAUAACAAACGAACCUAAAGCUGUAAGUCGACCUGAAAAGAUAAACAAUUUAGAAGAUAUUUCUUCAGCGGAUAUUGAACCGAGCCCUUUGGCAGUUGAUACAAAUCUUAUUAAACCACGAGGAAGGAAAAAAUCGUUAAAGCCGCCGAAAAUUGAUUUUAAAGAUUAUUUAUCGAAAAAAUGUUUUGUCUGUAGCGAAAAGUUACAAAGCAAAAGUGACUUGGUUUGUCACUUAACUGAUAACCACGCAACAAAAGUGGACUACACAUGCCUGGAAUGUAGCAAAAGUUUCAAAACUGUACUGUCCUUCAACCAUCAUCUCAGUUUCCACGAUGCUGAGCAUCGGCCAAAGAAAUGUAGGUUUUGUUCUUUGCGAUUCAUCGUAGAUCACAGUCGGAUGCUGCACGAAAAUCGACUGCAUGGUGAAAAACAUGCCAUCAAAGAAUAUCGUAGACCGCUUCGGGCACAUCAGUGUGAAACGUGUGGUAAAGUAUUCCGCACGGUCACUCAAAUACGUGAUCACGACAACUUUUAUCAUAAAAAGAUUUUUACUUCGGUAUGCAAUAUUUGCGGGAAAGCUUUCCCAACGAUUACGUUGCUGAACAAACAUCAGCUCGUCCAUACCGGGGAGCGUUCCUUUGCCUGUGAGCAAUGUGGAGAACGGUAUAAAAAGUGUACCGAUUUGACGGCACACAUGUUAAGGCAUCGGGAGGGUUACGAAGAUUUGAAGCGAAACAGAAGGAACGAAGCGAUGAAAAAAGCCGUCCGAGGAAAUAAAUAAAUAAAAAAAUAAGACUAAUUUUUAGGGAUAAAUAUUUGAUAAUAAAGCUUUUAAA